UCUCCCCUCCUGACCUUUCUCCUCUCCAGCCUCAGGCACAGCCGCAGAGCCACCCGUGCGCCCUGCCUCGUCCUCAUGGCCUACCUGAGCCCCUCACAGCUCCAGAAGUUUCAGGAGGAUGGAUUCCUGGUGCUGGAAGGAUUCUGGUCUGCCGACGAGUGCGUGGCCAUGCAGCGGAGGAUUGGCGAGAUAGUGGCUGAGAUGGAUGUCCCUCUCCACUGUCGCACGGAAUUUUCCACCCAGGAGGAGGAGCAGCUGAGAGCCCAGGGCAGCACAGACUAUUUCUUGAGCAGCGGCGACAAGAUUCGGUUCUUCUUUGAGAAAGGCGUCUUUGAUGAGAAAGGAAAUUUCCUGGUCCCUCCGGAGAAAUCCAUCAACAAAAUUGGCCAUGCUCUGCACGCCCAUGACCCUGUCUUCAAGUGUGUCACACACUCCCCCAAGGUGCAGGCUUUGGCCAGAAGUCUGGGCCUCCGGAUGCCCGUGGUGGUGCAGAGCAUGUAUAUCUUUAAGCAACCUCACUUGGGCGGCGAAGUCUCCCCUCACCAGGACGCCUCCUUCCUGCAUACGGAGCCUCUGGGCCGGGUGCUGGGCGUGUGGAUUGCUCUGGAAGAUGCCACGCUGGAGAAUGGCUGCCUCUGGUUCAUCCCUGGCUCCCACACAGGUGGAGUGUCGAGAAGGAUGGUCCGGGCCCCUGCUGGCUCGGCGCCUGGCACCAGCUUCCUUGGGACCGAGCCAGCCCGGGAUAACAGCCUCUUUGUGCCCACACCGGUGCAGAGAGGGGCCCUCGUCCUAAUCCACGGAGAAGUGGUGCACAAAAGUGAGCAGAAUUUCUCCGACUGCUCACGCCAGGCCUAUACUUUCCACCUCCUGGAGGCUGCUGCCACGGUCUGGAGCCCAGAUAACUGGCCCUCUGAGGGCAGGGACGCCACCCCCUCUCGGGAGAAGCUGUGGGCCACCAACGCCAGCGCCUCAACCCACCGCCCAGCUGCAACGGGGAAUUCGCAUCUCUCCUCCAGGGCUUUCCUUCUGCUGGUGUCUGUGCAGACAGGCAGGCAGCAGCAGAAGGCUGGGCUGGGUGCCUUCCCCGAGAUCUGUCUCUGUCUGUCCCGACCCCAACACAACCUCCCCCUAGAGGCAGCCUCGCGGCCAUGAAAGGGUUCUGGCUGCUUCUCUGUCGGCUUCUCACCCGUCGUCUCCCCUCUCACAUGGAACUCUUGGUCAUUACGGUGGGAGACACUGAAUAAAAAACACUUCCAAAUGCA